AUGUCGUCCUACACAAAGAUCCUAGUGGCACAAUUGUUGCUGGCAGGUUUACUAGUGGCCGUGGUGACCGGACAAAAUUUCCAUUACAGUAAUGGGUGGCAACCAGGCAAAAGAGCAUCUAUAGCAUCAUCUGGUACACAAGUGUGCAGCUUCAGGCCUCAUAUAAAAGCCUUACUUCUUUGGAUAAUUGAAGACGAAGUAAAACGAAUUAAAUCUUGUGGUAGCUCUGGAUACGAUGAUAUCAUCAACCUCUUACAAACAAAGCAGAACGAACUUCCUGUUAUGCCCAGUGACUCACAGUAA